ACAAGGACAGUUACCCAGUACUUUCUAUCGGAAGGUCCUUUGUCAGGUAAUUUAAACUCUGGUGUUUCAUGUGGGUGUUGAGCAAGCCCCUCUCAAUAGACUUACAGAAGAGGCCAUGGGAUGGCUGAUGGUCUGAAGGGCUUCUCUGCAGAAAUCCAGAUGAAGUUCAUCUGCUUUGUGCCCAGUGGCCUUUCCCUCCCUCCCCCACCCACCUCUGAAGGGUCACCAGAAAGGUUUCAUUCUACAGGGCAUCUGAUUCGAUGAAAAUAAUUAUUCUUACCUUCCCUCUAAAACUUACACGGAAAACAAAAUCUGAAUAUGUGGGUUGGGAGGAUAAUAAUAAACGUCUCCAGCUCAUGGUUUUCCCCUCCCUCUUCUGAAAUGCCCUUGCUUAAAGCUUAAGAGGAAAGAAGAGAAAGCAAACACACGCUCUCUCGCGCGCACACACUCACACAUGCGCGCGCGCACACACAUACACCAGAGGCUCGCGCUUCCAACCCUGAUUCCUUCAGCGAUUCCCGAUUUCAAAUAAAAGGAUUUAAGUUGACGUAUGACCACGUGAGCACAUAAUACAGCGCAUUAUUGUGCCAUUUGGAGUGGAGACCCGGACUGGCUUCGUCUGCGAUUACGCUUCCCAGUUUCUGUUCAGAGCAAGGACUGCUUUCUGUUAUCCAUCGCCGGUCCCCCCCCCGCCCCCCGAACGCUGCGAUCACCCUCGGGAAGUCUCCGUUUGGGCUACCGCACUUGAUCCUGAUGGAAAGGUCUACAAGGAGAGGCCAUUGGAGGAGAAACGUCAUGUGACAGAGUGGUGCCAAUGUUAUUCUUUAAGGGUGUCAAGACCCUGUCAGUUUAUGAAAUAAAUAUUGGGAAACAACGAAAUGCAAAAAGCGACCUACUACGACAGCUCUGCGAUCUAUGGAGGCUAUCCCUACCAAGGAGCAAAUGGUUUCGCUUACAAUGCUAGUCAGCAGCAAUAUCCUCCGCCUUCUGCUUCCGCGCUGGUGGAAACCGAGUACCAUCGACCUGCAUGUUCUUUGCAGUCCCCUGCCGGCACCAACAGCACUGUGUCCCAUCAUAAGGCCAAUGAAAUCAGCGAGAGUUGUAUGAGGACCAUCCCCAGCCAGUCUCUCCAGCCCCCAAUCCUACCAGAACAGCCCCAGCAACAGCCUCCGACACAGCAGGCACCACCACUGCCCCCUCCUCCUCCUCCCCCCUCCGUGUCACCACCUCAAAAUGCCACUGCCAACAGCACCCCUGCCAAUGCCACAAAGAGCUCCAUCCUGAACUCACCUACCAUGUCCAAACAAAUCUUUCCCUGGAUGAAAGAAUCUCGGCAAAACACCAAGCAGAAAAACAGCAGCUCCAGUUCAGGUGAGAGUUGUGCUGGUGAUAAAAGCCCCCCAGGGCAAGCUUCUUCUAAAAGAGCUCGCACAGCUUACACCAGUGCCCAGCUGGUAGAACUGGAAAAGGAGUUCCACUUCAAUAGAUACCUUUGCAGGCCACGAAGGGUAGAGAUGGCUAACCUCCUAAAUCUCACUGAAAGACAAAUCAAAAUAUGGUUUCAGAAUCGCAGGAUGAAAUACAAAAAGGAUCAGAAGGGCAAAGGCAUGAUGACCUCUUCUGGAGGACAAUCCCCCAGCAGAAGUCCUGUCCCUCCAGCUGCUGGAGGCUACCUGAAUUCUAUGCAUUCCCUCGUCAACAGUGUUCCAUACGAGCCCCAGUCACCGCCAUCUUUCAGCAAGACUCAUCCGAAUACCUACAGCAUCACUACAUCAUAUCCGGCUCCUAUCAAUAACUGCCCUCCUCCUCAAAAGAGGUACACCGGAACUGCAGCAGUGACACCUGAAUACGACCCUCACCCUCUUCAAGGCAAUGGUUAUGGCAAUCCGCAUAUACAGGGAAGCCCCAUCUAUGUUGGGGGCAAUUAUGUGGAUACCAUGGGAAAUUCAGGACCAUCUAUCUUUGGUCUAACUCAUCUCCCUCAUCCAUCCUCUGCCAAUAUGGAUUAUAGUGGGGCAAUGGGCAACAACCAUCAUCAUGGACCUUGUGAUCCCCAUCCAACAUACACAGAUCUUACUUCUCACCAUCCUUCUCAGGGAAGAAUUCAGGAAGCACCCAAACUGACCCAUCUGUAAUAUAACAUUGGUUAUAUAGUGAGUCUUAAAAGCUUCCCAAGUUUUUUAAGAAAUGGGGGGGACCCCCAACUUUUAAAUCCCCCCCCCACUGCGCUACCCAAUACAAACAGUUUUAUUUGCUUCUGGGUUUUAUUCUGAUGUGUUUUCCUUUUGGUAAAAUGCGUUUCCAGUUUAUGUGACGUAGCAAUAUUUGUUGCUUGAAUUGCUCUCUAGUUUCAAUAGUGGAUAUUUAUCUUCUUGAACUCUUGCCUUGUGAUCUUGCUUUGAGAGUAUACAUAGGCUUUAUACUCUUAAUUUUGACUCUUUUAUCAAAACAGGGUAUUAUGAACAAAUUUUCUAUACAGACAGUUCUUAAAUGUGAAUUUGUUCGUACAAAAUCAGUCCCAUCUGGGAAACAUUUUUUAUUUUAAUUGCACUUCUUUUAGAUAAUAAGAAAAAAGGGCGCUUGAACAGGGGCUCCUGAGCAAAAUGAUUAAUACAUGUACGUCUUUAAUCGUGUGUAUGCUGGUGAACUUUCAGAUUUAUUUAUAUUUUUUUGAAUAAUCUAAGUGUUUAAUUUUUUAUUUAUCCCCAUCUGUUCAUAUUUAUAUAUAUGAAGAUAUUAAAAAAUAAACUUCUUUACCCUGAGUAUUCAGGAAAUAUUGA